AUGCGCUUCCCCUCCACCAGUGACUCCUCACAGUGACCGCGGAUUUGACUCCUCGCUUCCAAACGUGUUGCGUGCGUGCGUGCGUGCGCAGGGACGCGCGAAGUUAAUGGCAGGUGGCUGGCGCGCUACCCGCAGCACCGUAACAUCACCGCUCCCUCUGCGCAGUUGCUGAAUCGCAUCCCAUCGCUGACCCGUUUGCAAUGACCGAACUCGUUGUGCGGACCCUUCCGUCCCCCUCAGGUGUGCAGAGUCCAGGACCGGACACGUAUAAAGGGUGGCUUUUUAAAUGGACCAACUACCUGAAGGGAUACCAGCGCCGCUGGUUCGUCCUUAGCAACGGCCUCCUGUCAUACUACAGGACUCAAGCAGAAAUGGCACACACCUGUCGUGGCACAAUUACACUGGCAACAGUGCACAUCGAAGUGGGCGAUACCUGUCAUUUUGUUUUGACAAGUGGAGGGCGGAGCUACCACCUGAAAGCUGGAUCAGAGGGGGAGUCUCAGCGAUGGGUCUCUGCUCUACAACAGGCUAAAGCAAAUGCUACGCAAAUGUUGCACCAUUCAGAUGACUCAGGUGAUGAGGGUCCACUGGCCCAGCCGGAUCGUGCUCUGAUCCAGGGGGCGCUCAAAACUUUGGCCAGUAAACUCGAUGACCUCAGCACCUGUAAUGAGCUGAUAGGGAAGCACGGUGCCGCCCUCCAGCGCUCCCUCAGUGAACUAGAGGAUUUGCGCGCCCCUACCGACGGUGCAGAUAAACUGAAGACCGUCAACGAACGAGCAACUCUCUUCCGCAUCACCUCCAAUGCUAUGAUCAAUGCCUGUCAGGACUUUGUGGAUCUAGCAGAAGCGCACAGUCGGCGAUGGCAGCGUUCGCUGCAGUAUGAGCGGGAACAGCGCCACCAUCUGGAGGAGACCAUUGAGCAGCUAGCCAAACAGCAUAAUAGUUUGGAAAGAGCGUGGAGGGAAUCGCCCAGCACACACAACCAAGGUUCAGAGAGAACACCAGAGGGAGAAUCCAGCGAAGAAAAUGAUGACAUAGAGUUCUUCGAUGCCAUGGAAGAUUCUCAAGCCUUCAUCACAGUGCCAGUGAAUGAUCAGCUACAGCACAGACACUUGAGCAGUACUCAGAGCGUGAGUGGAAGUUUGUCCAGUAACUGGAGUCAAGAGGACAAUGAUAAUUCAGGCAUGUACCUGCGCCGGGGCAGACGCUGUCGCAUUCCAGACAAGCCUAACUAUUCCCUGAACCUGUGGAGUAUCAUGAAGAACUGUAUCGGCAAGGAGCUCUCCAAGAUUCCCAUGCCUGUAAACUUCAAUGAGCCGUUGUCGAUGCUCCAGCGCUUGUCGGAGGAUCUGGAGUACAGUGAGCUAUUGGACCGGGCGGCGCGCUGCGAAUCCUCUCUGGAGCAGAUGUGUCUGGUGGCCGCCUUCUCCAUCUCGUCCUACUCCACCACCAUUAACCGCACGGGAAAACCCUUCAACCCACUGCUGGGAGAGACCUACGAGCUGGACCGCCUGGAAGAGUACGGGUACAGGUCCAUUUGUGAGCAGAUAAGUCACCACCCCCCGGCGGCAGCCCAUCAUGUGAUAUCACAGCGAGGUUGGACCCUGUGGCAGGAGAUCACCAUCGACAGCAAAUUUCGCGGCAAAUACAUCUCUAUAAUGCCGCUAGGAAGCAUUCACCUGAAGUUCAACGCAACUGGAAAUCAUUACGUGUGGAGCAAAGUGACCUCCACUGUCCACAAUAUAAUAGUGGGCAAACUGUGGAUUGACCAAUCUGGGGACAUUAUAAUAGUCAACCAGAGGACCAAGGACACAUGCCACCUCAAAUUCUCCCCUUACAGUUAUUUUUCCAGAGAUGUUCCCCGCAAGGUGACAGGCGUAGUGACGGACAGCGAAGGCUCCGCCCAUUACAUACUUUCAGGAACGUGGGAUGAUAAGAUUGAAAGCGCAAAGAUUAUAGAGAGCAGCCAUGGAUGUGGGGAAACCGAGGGCAAGCAGAAAACCGUCUAUCAAACUCUACCGCCAAAACUACUGUGGAAGAAAUACCUUCUGCCUGAGAAUGCUGAGAACAUGUAUUAUUUCUCUUCUCUGGCCCUGUCUCUGAAUGAACCAGAAGAUGGUGUGGCCCCGACUGACAGCCGUCUGCGGCCCGACCAGCGCAUGAUGGAGGCGGGUCUGUGGGAUGAAGCAAACACAGAGAAACAGCGUCUGGAGGAGCGGCAGAGACUGGAGAGGAGAAAGAAAGAGGCGCAGGCCAACCUUGCACUGGAAGAGGGCAGAGUGGUGGAGAGCUACCAUCCCCAGUGGUUUCACAAAAAAACUGAUUCAGAGACAGGUGACAGCAGCUAUGUGUACAGAGGAGGAUACUGGGAAGCCAAAGAAAGACAGGACUGGAAUCAGUGCCCUGCCAUCUUUUAAAGCCUCCGACACAGACGACCGAUCCAUGAUCUGAAUCAGGAAUGCUGCUUACCAAUGCUUCCAAAUGAAAGAUGAAGAGUAUAUGAAAGCUCUGCAGUAUAUAAUGUAAUUUAGUGUGUGUGUGUGUGUGUGUGUUUUGGGGCAUUGAGGAAACUGGUUUGCAGCAGGGAAAAAAUAUUGUUUUCAGCACAACAGAUGGAGACACUUUUUUUAACAUGAUUCAGACUGAUGGACAAAAAUAGCGUUUAUUAUUAGUGGAAUGUAACACUUCACAAGGGAUACGAUUCUUCUUCAAAGAUUUGAAUUUAUAUCCAGUUUUGCAAUUGUUUCAGGUCAAAUGUGUGAUGUUCCUGAAUUAUCCACUGUUGUGUGAAGAAAAACACAUUUAACAGAGCACACACUACUUCUGAAGUUUGCAGAUUGAAUCGUUUUAUUGAAAUGUAGUAUACAGUAAAAUACUGUAGAUUAUUUAGUGCAAACAUGCAAACUAGAAAAAAAGUGAGAUUAGUUUUGCUUUGACAAAAUAAGAAUUACUGAUGUUAAGUCAUUAGAUGGCAGUUUGUUAAUGCAAAAAUCCAUUUAAUUGCAGCCCAUUUAGGCAUUAAAUAUAAAUGUAAUGUUCUGUUAUUGUGUGGGUAACAAAUUAUGGCUUAAUGGACAUUAAAAUGGAAAUUUUCUGUAUAUAGUUACGGCUAAAUGUUUGCAAACAUACUGAAAACAUCAAUGGUGUUAAUUUAUUUACGCAGACUAAUGAAUCAUUUAUGAUGUCCAAUUUAAGGGCCCAUCUGUAUAUUAGUACAUUGCAUUAGUUUGUACAUAGCGAAUAAUAGCGAGUAGUUCAAGCAUCUGUUGUGUUUGCAAACCUUUGGCAAUGAGUUUAAAGUAAAACGCUGAAAUUUCAUGGUAGCAAUAUUACCUUAGUUUCUAGAAUUAGCUGCAAAAGCACAUUUCCUACAUUCAUGCUGCAAAUGAACAGUAAAACAUUUUAAAAUAUUGAUCACAAACUGUGCACCGUAAGAAUGGAUGCAAACUUAUAUUUGAGCAUUAAAGAACAUUCUGAACAUUG